ACUUUCGUUGUUGUUUAAAAAACACUGUUUCGCUUUUAGAAACUCACUCGCAAUUCAACUGUACCGAUAUGGUUUCAGUCAAAGCACCCAAACAGCAGCGAACGUCAAAACAAACCUGCCUGGUUCCCAACGGGCUGUAAUGUUUUACACAUUUUUACACCAAAAUGCGCAACUAUUGUCUAAAAAUCCAUAUAUUUGUCAAGUAUAGAUGUUUGCCCCAUGCUUGGCUCCAUCAUAAUCAACAUACAUGUACUUGUUUCGUCAACAUUAAGCUUUAAGGGGGUCAGCGGGAUAUUUGUGGGACUACACGUCAAUGUGGAGGGAAAUACGGUGUGAUUUUAAUUUACAGCCGUUAUAACGCAAACAACUAUUUUGUUCCUUAUUUGUAAAAUUCACUGAAAGACAGUGUGUGAAUAUCCCACAGAGCGGCGUUUCUGAGUGUUGUUGGCUAACGUCUGUUCAGUCACAUUCACUUUUACACACGAAUUAAAGCAAACAGUUGUGAGUUCGCUACAAGAAGAAGAAACAGCCCAUAGUUGUGUUGAUGUAACCUUGCGGAGCGUCUGUCCCAGCAGUGGCUGUUGGCACCAUGGGACUAGACUUCGAUGUCAAGACAUUCUGUCACAACUUGCGGGCCACCAAGCCGCCCUACGAGUGCCCUGUGGAGACUUGUCGCAAGGUUUACAAAAGCUACAGUGGCAUUGAGUAUCACCUUUAUCACUAUGACCACGACAACCCGACCCCCCCACAGACUUUACCCCAGAAGAAGAGAAAAGGACGGCCUCCUCGAUCUUCUCUGGCUGGGUCAGGUGAUACCGAUGACGGUGGAGGUACUGGAGAUGGCGGGCCGGGGCAGGGGGGGAACACCCCCGGUAGCCCCAACCGGUCGGAGCGCUCUCACUCCCCCGGCCGAGAGACGAUGACUUACGCCCAGGCCCAGCGCAUGGUGGAGCUGGAUUUCCAGGGACGCAUCCACCGCAUUUGUAUCUUUGAGAACAUUGAUGUGGUGUCGGAGGAGGACAGUGAUGCUGAUGAUGCUCUACCCUCUGGCGCUGGGGGGAACCUUGGGGGGGUUUGCAAUGGCAGUGAUGUUGGAAACGGCGGCAGUGAGGGAGGAGGUAGUGGCAAAGACCGGCCGGAUGUUCUGUCCUCUAACGGUGGCAAAGCCACUCCGAAGGCCGGCAAGCACAAGAGCAAAGAAAAGAAAAGAGACGGCUCCUCCCAUUAUCACAGCGCUCAGUCCGGGCCUGCGGUCAAACUCCCCGAGGCCGUUUUCAGAGAGCUGGACCAAGAAAGACCCGACGCUCCUCCACGGCCGUCUUCUUACUACAGGUACAUAGACAAGUCCGUGGAGGAGCUGGAUGAGGAGGUGGAGUAUGACAUGGAUGAGGAGGACUGCAUCUGGCUCGAAAUCAUGAAUGACAAGCGGCGGUGUGACAGCGUGACGCCCAUUCCUCAGGAGGUCUUUGAAUACCUCAUGGAUCGCUUGGAGAAGGAGUCGUACUUUGAGAGCCACAACAAGGCCGACCCCAGCACCUUAAUCGACGAAGACGCCGUCUGCUGCAUCUGUAAUGACGGCGAGUGUCAGAACAGCAACGUGAUCCUGUUCUGUGACAUGUGCAACCUGGCCGUGCACCAGGAGUGCUACGGCGUGCCCUACAUCCCAGAGGGUCAGUGGUUGUGUCGCCGCUGCCUGCAGUCUCCCAGCCGAGCCGUGGACUGCGCUCUGUGUCCUAACAAGGGCGGGGCCUUCAAGCAGACGGACGACGCGCGCUGGGCACAUGUGGUGUGCGCGCUGUGGAUCCCAGAGGUCUGCUUCGCCAACACGGUCUUUCUGGAGCCGAUCGACAGCAUCGAACACAUCCCUCCCGCCCGAUGGAAGCUCACCUGCUACAUCUGCAAACAGCGCGGUUCAGGCGCCUGCAUCCAGUGUCACAAGGCCAACUGUUACACAGCCUUCCACGUCACCUGUGCCCAGCAGGCCGGGCUCUACAUGAAGAUGGAGCCGGUCAGAGAGACCGGGGCCAACGGCACGUCCUUCAGUGUCCGCAAGACGGCCUACUGUGACAUCCACACGCCCCCGGGUUCCACCCGACCCUUGGCGGGAGUCGGUGGUGCUAGCUUGGGCUCGUCCAACAGCGAAGGUGACCUGGAGGACGACGACGAGCCCAGCAUCGGCCACGACGAAGAUUCCAAGGGAUGGAGCUCGGAACGAGCCAAGAGGGCGAAGGCAAAGUCCAGGCUAAAAAUGAAGAAGGCACGAAAGAUUCUGGCUGAGAGGAGAGCGGCCGCCCCCGUGGUGUCGGUGCCCUGUAUCCCUCCUCACAGACUCAGUAAGAUCACCAGUAAUCUGACGGUGCCCAGGAAGAGCCAGUUCAUGCAGCGACUGCACAGUUACUGGACGCUGAAGAGACAAAGUCGGAACGGCGUCCCCCUGCUCCGGAGGCUCCAGACGCACCUGCAGUCGCAGCGACACAUCGACCCCCUCCCGCCACAGCCUCUGUCACAGAUCCCUGCUGUAAAUGAGUCCCGCGGUUCUGUCCCAGUCUGUCGUCCUUCAGCCGCGCUGAGCGGCUGUCCUGACGGGACGGUGUCUUUGUUCUUGUUGACUUUGCAGAUCGACAGUGAGGAGAAACAGGCAGCGUUGAAGGAGCAGCUGAAGGCCUGGCAGCGACUGAGGCACGACCUGGAGAGAGCCAGGCUGCUGGUGGAGCUCAUCCGCAAGAGAGAGAAACUCAAGAGGGAGACGAUUAAAGUGCAGCAGAUGGCGCUGGAGAUGCAGUUGGCUCCUUUCCUUGUUCUGUUGAGGAGCACGUUGGAACAGUUACAAGAAAGAGACACUAACAACUUUUUCACUGAGCCGGUGCCAUUGGCUGAGGUUCCAGAUUACCUGGACCACAUCGACACUCCCAUGGACUUCCAGACUAUGUGGAACCUUCUUGAAUCCCACCGCUACCUCACCUUUGAUGCCUUUGAAGCAGACUUCGGCCUCAUCGUCAACAACUGCCUCAAGUACAACGCCAAGGACACCGUGUUCUACCGCGCCGCCCUGCGGCUCAGAGAGAUGGGCGGCUCCGUCAUAAGAACGGCCAGACGCCACGCUGAACGGAUAGGCUUCGACUACGAGACUGGGAUGCACCUCCAACGUGAGCCCCACCCCGACAGUCAGCGUGACCAAGAGAGGGACGCAGAGAGGGAGCGGGAGCGGGAACAAGAACGAGAACGAGAACGGGAACGGGACAGAGAACGUGAUAGAGAACGAGAACGGGACAGAGAACGAGAACGAGAGCGACCGUUGUCCUGUAAUGAAGACGACCUGCCAGUCAAACGCAGACGACUGUCCCUGGAGGGGCAGCUCCUGUACCUGCAGGAGCGUCUGGAGGAGGUCAGCUCAGGGAAGCACAGCAUCGGUCAGUCCCGCAGAGCCAAAGCUCUGAGGAAGGAGAUCAGUGUCAUCAAGAGGAAGCUGGCCCAUCAGAGGGAGGGCCCCUCCGGAGUGGUGGGCCGGGAGUCAGCGGGUGGAGGAGAUCGUGGUUUGUCGCUCCCCCUUCAUCCAUCCUCGUCAGGUCAUCACGAUGAGGGGGGGGAGAGCAGCAGCCAGGAGAUCAGUGGAAAAGACCUCAGUGCUUCCUCCUCUGCUUUGGCUCCAGAAGUUGGACGUCGGACGUCAAUUCUCUUCUCAAAGAAGAACCAAAAAAUGACUGGACCCCCCAAAAGACCAGGACGCCCCCCCAAGAACCGAGACGCCGGCUACGCAGGGGCAGGGGUGUGCCAGAGCUCCAUUGGCCCCCCGCAGCUGCCCCUGAUGUCUCAAACCAAGCAGAGGAAGAGACCCCGGAGCCCCCACAGCAGCUCCACCUCCGACAGCGACAGUGACGACCACCUGCUGCCAGGUCUGCCCAGUAACGGCUUCGACGGUGGGAACCAGCCGGUGACGGAGAGCUUCCGCGUCUACAGGAACGAGCCUCUACUGCCGCGGUCCAGCUCCGACUCUGAGUCCACGACGAGCAGCAGCAGCAGCGCGGCGUCUGACAGGACCAGCACCACUCCGUCCAAACAGGGCCGAGGGAAGGUGUCGUUCUCUCGCUCAGCCUUCCAUGAAGACAGCAGUGAAGAAACGUCCGGCACCGAGAACGACUCCUACUCUGUGGGAGGUUCACGCAGCGUUUCACACUUGGUGCGGGGGCGCUCCAGGUCCGGGUGCUGGAUGACCUCAGACGACUACAGCUCUCUGGAGGCUCUGGACCUGGUGUGGGCCAAGUGCCGAGGAUACCCGUCCUAUCCUGCUCUGAUCAUUGACCCAAAGAUGCCCAGGGAGGGGGUGUUCCACCGAGGCGUCCCCAUCCCCGUCCCUCCUCUGGACGUUCUGAAGCUGGGGGAGCAGAUGACCCAGGAGGCCAGGGAGCAUCUGUUCCUGGUGCUGUUCUUUGACAACAAGAGAACCUGGCAGUGGCUGCCGCGCUCUAAGCUGGUGCCGCUCGGAGUGGACCAGGAGCUGGACAAGGAGAAAAUGCUGGAGGGCCGGAAGUCCAACAUCCGCAAGUCGGUGCAGGUGGCGUACCACCGGGCCAUGCAGCACCGCAGCAAGGUCCAGGGAGACCCCAGCAGUGAGACCAGCGACAGUGACUGAACACUGAGGCCUGUGGUGCAGUGGAGUUCUCACAGGUCUCUACACAAAGCCCCGCCCACCUGGACCAGCUCUGAUCUGACCUGUUAAAUACUGUAAGUAAGACUGAGAAGAAAACUAUGAAAAGAUGAAACUCUGAAUCAGAAUGUUCCAGAAGGUGCAGCUUAUAAAUCUCUAUCUCCACACAAACACAAACAUCUGUCGGUCCUGCAGAACCUUCUGACCGGGUUCUGUACUCACACCUCCAGCACUACUGUAGAACAGCGACACCUACAGGUUCUGGACAAACCUGGACUUUAAAACCUCACCGUUCAUCUUCAGAGGCUUCACUGCUGCGGGGCGUCCAAUCAGAACGCUCCAGUACUUCCUCACGGUCUGUGGCUGUCACGCUCACUCACACAAACCAACAGUUCUGGUGCUGCUGUCGCUGUUGUUGGUCAGUCCAGCACAAAGAGAAAGUUCUGGUCCAGAUUGAAGUCAGAUGUUAUUUAUUCCAGAGGAGUUGGUUUCUUCGUGGCCGACCUUUGACCUACCAUCACUCCAACCACCGUAUUCCGACUGUCUCUUUAUCCUGUCACAUGGUUGUUGGGGUUUUUUUUUUUACAACCUUCUUAGUGUACAUUUGUCUGCGUCGCACAGGCCGCUGGUCAGAGAGUGAGGACUGAACAGAACCGGUCGGUCCGACUCCCAGACUGGUGGCUGUAGAACUUUUAUAUAAUAAGAUAACAUAACAGUAGAAGUUCAAUAAAAAAAAUCCUGUUGUUUUUUUUAA